AUUUGUCCUAGCUGGAUAGUCAACCAUCACCCUCUUCCAAAUAAAUAGUCACUCUAUCCCAAAUUUUACUAAGAACUUUCCUAAGACUUUAUACUCCCAUCCCAUCAAAUCUGCUCACGGCUGCUCAAAUCCCUUUCUGUCUCUAUAUCUUAAGUUGCACUAAUUAAUUCAAUUACUUCAACUUGUCAAUAAAAUAACCUUGAUUCAUUCAAUGCCAAUGAAUAGUCCUCCUUUUUAAUCUUUACUUUUCUCAAAACAAUAUGAAACUCCUUAUUCAAAUCAAUGUGCCUACCAACUUGUUGCUGCCUUCCCACUAUAUUUUAAUCAUUCAAAUCCUUCAUUAUCUUCUUCAAAAUCUAAUCUUUACUCCAUUCAAUUUGAUUUUUCAACCCCCAUUAUUUAGUUUUGUUUCAUCUAUUUUUCAAAGAUUUAUCAUCUGGGUGAAGCAAAUCAAGCCUGGGAAUUGAUAUUGCAAUCCCAUUGUCAUUAUAGUCAAGUUUAACAGCAAAUUCAAGCAGGGAAUUUGAGAUAUUGGGCAUAUUUAUACUCUUUUGUAAGUCUUAUAAUACCUUUAUUCAUUGGAUUCAUAUUUUCUUGUGUUGAGAAAACUAUAACAGAAAUGGAAAGUUACAAACUUUUUAGUGGGUUUUGAUUGUUGAAUGUAUAGUCUAUCUGUAUUAACUUGCUUGUUAGAUUGAUUGGUGAAUAUGGCUCAUUUUGGGAAAGUUCAUUCCCCUUCCUUUGAUGGGUCAAUGCAUGGACAAGGUAUUGAAGUUUUGCCAUUUCAGACUUGUCAAGGGUCUUUAAGGGUUAUGUUGUUACAUGGGCAUUUAGACAUUUUGGUUAAGGAGGCUAAGAACCUUCCUAAUAUGGACAUGUUUCACAAAACCCUAACUGAUUUAUUUGGGGGUUUAUCUAUUAAAGGAAUGUCUAAAAGGUUAACAAGUGAUCCAUAUGUCAAUGUUUCUGUUGCUGGUGCUAUUAUAGCUAGAACUUUUGUAUUGAGGAACGACGAGCAUCCUGUAUGGAUGCAGCAUUUCUCUGUACCUGUAGCACAUACUGCUGCAGAACUGCACUUUGUAGUAAAAGAUGAUGAUGUAGUAGGUGCUCAGAUUAUAGGUGCUGUUGGGAUACCACUCCAUCAGCUAUGCUCGGGUGCACGAAUCGAGGGCACUUUUCCAAUUAUUAAACCUAACGGUCAGUUAUGGGAAACAGGAGCGGUUUUAAGCUUAUCGGUUCAGUAUAUUCCUGUGGAAAGGAUGAAUCUUUACCAUAUGGGUGUUGGCCCUGGUCCUAAUUAUAAUGGGGUACCUGGGACAUAUUUUCCGCUUAGGCAGGGGAACCGAAUUACCCUUUACCAAGAUGCUCAUGUUGAAGAUGGUAUGUUGCCUGAUUUUAGGCUUGACUAUGAUAUGCAUUAUGUGCACGGGAAAUGCUGGCGUGACAUCUCCAACGCUAUUUCUCAUGCUCGGAGACUGGUGUACCUCACAGGGUGGUCUGUAACACACUUUGUGAAAUUGGUUCGUGAUGCUCGAGAUGGCUCGGGUAUUACAUUAGGAGCUCUUCUUAAAGCUAAGGCGCAGGAGGGCGUUAGAGUGCUGCUCCUUGUGUGGGAUGACCCGACUUCAAACAGUUUUCUGAAUUAUAAUAUUCAAGGCUACUUAGGAACAUAUGAUGAAGAGACCUCUAAAUUCUUCGAAGGGUCGUCAGUGCAAGUAAUACUUUGCCCACGAUCUGGGAGCAAAGGGCAUAGUCUUAUUAAGCAGCAGGAAGCUGGAGCAAUCUAUACCCAUCAUCAGAAAAGUUUAAUUGUAGAUGCUGAUGCAGGUCAGAAUAGGAGAAAAAUCAUCGCUUUUGUUGGCGGGCUUGACCUUUGUAAUGGGAGAUAUGAUACCCCUGAACAUACUCUUUUUAGGACGUUACAGACGGUACACAAGGAUGACUAUCAUCAGCCAAAUUUCGCUGGUCCCACUGAUGGAUGUCCUAGAGAACCAUGGCAUGAUUUGCACUCUCAAAUUGAUGGCCCAGCUGCAUAUGAUGUCCUGAAGAACUUCGAGGAACGAUGGUUAAAGGCGUCUAAGCCUCGUGGGCUACAAAAAAUGAUGAGAUCUUACAAUGAUCACUUGAUUGACUUAGAUAAGGUUCCUGAUAUGCUCGGACUACAAGACUCCAUUCGAUUCAGUAAUGACGAUAGGGAAUCAUGGCUUGUGCAGGUCUUCCGUUCAAUAGACUCGAAUUCUGUGAAAGGAUUUCCAAAGGAUCCAAAAGAUGGGAUAAAAUUGCACCUCUUGUGUGGAAAGAAUGUACUGAUAGACAUGAGUAUACAAGCGGCAUACAUACAUGCCAUCCGUUCAGCCCAACAUUACAUCUACAUUGAAAAUCAAUACUUUCUUGGUUCUUCGUAUAAUUGGGAUUCAUACAGGGACUUAGGUGCAAACAAUCUGAUACCUAUUGAAAUUGCUCUCAAGAUUGCUAGCAAAAUCAGAGCAAACAAAAGAUUCGCUGCAUACAUUAUCGUCCCUAUGUGGCCAGAGGGUGAUCCUAAAAGCCUUGCCAUGCAGCGGAUUCUUUAUUGGCAGUACAAGACGAUGCAAAUGAUGUAUGAGAUAAUUUACAAGGCUUUAGAAGAAACAGGAAUGGACGGUAAAUAUGAGCCUCAAGAUUUCUUGAAUUUCUUCUGCUUAGGAAACCGAGAGGCUUCAUACGAAAUUUGUGAAAGAAAUUCCGUUAAUACUUCGAAUGGAAAUACUCCACAGAAACUAUCCAACAAGAAUCGAAGGUUCAUGAUCUACGUUCACUCGAAAGGCAUGAUAGUGGAUGAUGAGUAUGUAAUUCUAGGUUCCGCAAACAUCAACCAGCGAUCCAUGGAAGGUACUCGAGAUACUGAGAUCGCAAUGGGCGCAUAUCAGCCGCACUAUACUUGGGCUAGUAAGCAUGCUAAUCCACGCGGGCAGGUAUACGGAUACAGGAUGUCGCUUUGGGCAGAGCAUUUAGCGAGGGUUGAGGACUGCUAUGUACAACCCGAGAGUCUAGAAUGUGUGAGACGCGUAAGAUCUCUAGCUGAACAGAAUUGGGAACAGUUCGCUGCUGAUGAAGUUACCGAAAUGAAAAGCCACCUUCUGAAAUACCCUCUUCAUGUAGAUAGAUCAGGAAUUGUUAGUCCUCUUCCUGGGUAUGAGACAUUCCCUGAUAUUGGAGGGAAGGUCAUGGGAAGCUUGGGAAACUUCUCUGUUAUUCAAGAAAACCUUACCAUUUGAUCCACACUUUUAAUUAACAAAUAAGUGUUCAGUCAUUUCAGUUUUGAAUACUAUAUUUGUAUCUUAAUACUUGUCUCAUUUUGACUUUUUUUUCACAAUUGAAAUUUACUCAUAAAUCUUAAGUAGUUACUAUUUACAUAGGGAAAACAUAUUUUUAUUACAUUUGUUUGAUGCCUACUUUUAUUUGGUAUAAACUGAAACGAAUAUAUAUUAUUGUA